AGUUUCGCCAGCACCGAAAACCUCACCCCUAUCUAGGGUUUCUCCCUCUCUGCUGUGCUCCGCUCUACAGCGAAAAGUAGGCUUUUUAAACUCUUUUCAGUUCAAGAGGGCUUCAACAAUGACGACUGUGGUCCCAACCUCCGAGGAAGAUCCGGCGCUUGCCGUUGUUCGAUUCACUUCCGAGCUCGCCUGGGACGACGCCGGCCUUGAGGUUGCGGAGCCGCAAGUUACCAGACUUUGCAUUGAAGCCCAAGAAUGUAUGGUAACGAACAAAUGGUUGGAGUUGGCUUCACUGAUGCUCGCCUCUGCUGACUUGAUAUUCUCAAAGGUGUCUGAGAAAGAUCUUGAGUGCAUCUUCACUGUUAUCUGCAACCUUGUUACGAAGUCUGAAAGUUCAGAUGAAAAGAUUGAGAUGGCAAAAGUUAUAUCUGGGAAGAUUAUUCAGCAGCCAAAUGAUAAACCUGCAUUGCGGUUAAAGAUCUUGUUCAACCUGUACAACCUACUGGAGAACCCUUACGGCCAGUUCCAUGUCUACAUGAGGGCCCUGACUUUGGCAUUCAAUGGGAAAGUCACUGAACACAUCAUUCCUUCAUUCAAAAAGAUGGAUAGCUUCCUCCAAGAGUGGAAUAUUGGGAUAUCAGAUCGGCGAGAGCUCUUUCUUAUCAUCUCUAAUAUUUUGAAAGAACAUAAAAGCUUGGUGAAGGAAUCUUUCAAAUUCCUGGUAAAAUACUUGGCAACGUUUUCUGGUGAAGAUGCAUAUACAAUGAGUGAAGCCAAGGAGGAAGCUGUACGUGCAAUUGUGGAGUUUGUGAAGGCUCCUGACAUGUUUCAGUGUGACCUGCUAGAUAUGCCUGCUGUAGGGCAGUUGGAGAAGGAUGCUAAAUAUGCACUGGUAUAUCAGCUUCUCAAAAUUUUUCUGACUCAGAGGCUUGACGCCUACUUGGAGUUUCAUGCUGCAAAUUCUACUUUGCUUAAAAGCUGUGGUCUUGUCCAUGAAGAUUGUAUCACAAAGAUGCGGUUGAUGUCACUGGUGGAUCUUGCCUCUGAUGACUCUGGUCAGAUUCCUUAUGCUGUUAUCAGAGAUACACUCGGAGUCAAUGAUGACGAGGUGGAAUUGUGGGUGGUUAAGGCAAUAACGGUCAAGUUAAUUGACUGUAAAAUGGACCAGAUGAAUCAAGUUGUGAUUGUGAGGUGCACUCUUAGCUCCAUCCGCUGUACUGAGCGCGUGUUUGGGCAGCAUCAGUGGGAAACACUUGGAACAAAGCUUGCUGCAUGGCGGGGUAACAUUGCAAAUGUUAUCAGCACCAUUCAAGCUAACAGGAUCACUGAAGAUGGCUCACAGGCAAUGCAAGGCUUGAUGAUUCGUUAAGAAUUUCCUCAACGCAUUUAGUUUCAAAAGAUCUUUAGCAGGAGACAGUGAAGACUGGUGUGGUAGUGAAUCAUGGGGAUGUGAUUCCCAUUUUUGUAUUUUUGGAACUUAAAACCUAAAUCUGCAGAAAUUUUUGAUGGGUUGUAAUUUUCAUUCAUAGUUGUUGAUUCAUGAUCUACACACCCAUCUUGUCUGCUGCAUUUGGAGUACAUUUUCCACCCCAAGUCAAUUCAAAAUGUUUAGCUCUUGGUCUUUAUCUUCGUA